ACAUAAAGUUAUAUUGUUAAUUACUAAUGAAAUGUUAAACCCAAAAGAUGGAUGGACAUAUGUUUCUAAAUUAGAAACUUGGAUUCAUGAAAACAAAGAAAAAAUUUCAGAAAUUAUUGAAUGGCAGAGUAAUUAA